GGUAUGUAGAGGCUGGGAACCAUCUCCCUCUCGAAUUCUUCUUCCUAAGUUUUUUGUACUCCUAAGACUAAAGUGGCUGCAGUACCUCCUGCCAGUCAAACCGCCAUAGCGUCGUCAAAUCUUCAUGGAAUUUUAUGAUUCAACUUGCUGCUCAUAGGCGACAACAACGCGCUCCAGAUCCAAUUUACAGAUCACCGUUUGAGGUACACUUCAGAUCGGCAUCAAUAUUUGAAGCUGGCUGACGGAACUCUGACUGUGAUGGAAGGAACGGAGAAGCGCCCCGAGAACGACCCGGAGAAGAGCCCGUGGGUGCGGAAGAGCGCACAAGGCUAUCUUCUACUUGGGCAAGCAUUGGGGAGCAGCCAAAUCCGUCACAUCAAGCCUUUUCAGCGUGAACCAGCAAAGGGACCAAAGGCAUGGGCUGCUCUCAAGGGUGUACACGCUCCUGCAACAGCGGCGGUGGCUGUGGUUUUGGAGCGGCAAAUGGCGGCCCUUCGAAUUGACGAAGGCGAACCGGUGGAGGACGGAGUGCAUAAAUUCUUCGACUUGUUGACACGGCUUGAAGGAGCUGACCUGAACUACAGUGACCUUCAAAAGAAGACCAAGCUGCUGGCCUUGCUUCCGGACUCAUGGUCCUCGCUCAUCAUCAACCUAAAUCGAGAUCUGCCCCGCCUCUCGCUCGAAGAUGUGAAGCGGGAAAUCUUACAAGAAGAUUUCCGUCGUCGUGAAUUGGCGGGUACCGAUGGUGCCGGAGUUGCAAGCAUGGGCCGUGGGCACGGCCGUGGAAGGGGCAGAGGGCGAGGAGGAAGAUUUGGCAGCAGCAACUUCAAUGGAGGCCGUGGUAAUGGAGGAUAUGGCAGCAACAACAACAACAAUGGCAACGGGCGUGGGCGCGGUCGAUUUGAUGGCGAAUGCCACUUUUGCCACAAGACCGGCCACAUGUGGAGAGAUUGCUACAGAUUGCCUGAUGGAUGGACCCCUUCUCAAGGCCAAGAGGGCAGAGGAGCAAGGGGAGGAAGAGGCAGAGGUCGUGGAGGCCGUGGUGGUCGUGGAAGUGAAGCGGCAUGCAUGAAAGGUGGAGACUACGAGACGGGCCCGAGUGAAGAUCGAUACCCGGGCCAAUUCUUCUUUGUCUCCACGCAAGCGGUAGCUGCAGCAGGAGGUGUGGAAGGCUUUGAGGAGCCAGCUACUGUGGGAAAGGUCACCCUUCACUCUCUCGACUUUUGGGUGAUCGAUAGCGGCGCCACCUAUAGCAUGACACCUCGUGCGGACUUGCUCACCGAACUCGAACCGUCGCCGGUCAAGCAUGUCACAUCGGCUUUGGGGCAGCGAGCAGAGGUGAAAGGCAUGGGCAAGGCCAUGUUCAAGGGUGCUGAUGGGAAGAUGGUGGGCCUCAUGAACGUGCUUUGGGUGCCCAACCUUGCAGCCAACCUGAUUUCUGUGCGGCGUUUGCAAAAGGCCGGCAUGGACACAUCUUCCAAGGGAUCCAAAACUUAUACCGCGCGGCUUGGUGAGCGGAAGCUUUGGGACCUUCAUGAGGACAGGGACAUCUACAAUGAAAUGUGGCAAGUCCCAGUGGUCCCCAUGCCUAAGGAGAGGCAAGUGGCAGCAAGCAUCAGCACCAAGAGUGAAGCGGUUGGUGGCGGUGAUCACGGAAAGCAAAGUGACACCAAGAGUGACUCGAACGAGUGCAAUCUUGGAGAGACCAGCAAGGCAUGUGAAUCCAAGGAGAGUGGUGCAGCAGCCAAAGGUGGUGGAAAUGAGGAGGAGAAUUAUAAGAUCAGCAAAGCAGCAGCGGCGAAGGAGAAAGGAGAGAGCUUGUGGGGCACAAUUGCGAGUGCCGCUUUCUCCAACCCGACCUCCGCUACGGGAGAGUGUGAUUGGCUGACCUUGCAUCGGCGAAUGGGGCAUGUGGCAUUGCCCAUUUUGCAGCAGAUAGUCAAGCAAGACAUGGUCAGUGGGAUACGUGUCAAGGGGGAGCCCAAUGAGGUGCUUGGCUGUCCAACAUGCAUGCAAGCCAAGUUCAGCCGCUACCCGUUCCAUAGCUCGGAGACAACGGCGAAGGCACCACUUGAUGAGGUGGUGAUGGAUGUGGUGGGCCCCUUGAAGCUUGGAGCUGCUGGAGCUGAGUACUUCCUCACCAUUGUGGACGUCUACACUCGCAUGACUUGGGUAUAUGUGCUGCCCAAGAAGAGUGACAUAGCUGAAACGGUGAAGACCGAUUGGUUGCCGAUGGUGGAGCGGCAACAAGACCGGCUUGUGAAGGCGAUUCGCACUGACCGUGGGGGAGAGUUCCUGAGCAAGGACUUCUCAACUUGGCUGAAGAAGCAGGGCAUAAGGCACUCUCUUACCAUGCCCUACUCUCCUGCAAUGAACGGCAUUGCCGAGCGUGCGAAUCGGACACUCACGGAGACGGCUCGGGGACUUCUCAUUGAAGCCGGUCUACCCAAUUACUUUUGGCCAGAUGCGGUGCGGCAUGCUUGUGUGGCCAAGAACACAGCCUUGACUCACGUGGGAGAAGACAAAUGGGUGCCCUAUGUGGAGUGGAUUGGAAGGAAGCCGAAGGUGGAUAUGCUUCGGGUGUUCGGGUGCAUGUGCAUGGCACUUGUGCCUAAGAAACUUCGGCACAACAAGCUUGAUGCCAAGGCAACAUGGGCCGUGCACUUGGGCAUGGCUCAAAACAGCAAGGGAUGGCUUCUUUGGGACCCAUUUACCAAGAAGUUCCUGGUGAGCAGAGAUUGCAAGUUCAUGGAGAACUUACCGUACAAGGAGUGGAAGGCGGAGAACCAAGCGAAGAUUGGUGUGCGGCUUGGAGAGGUGAAGAGUACCGGCUUGGAGCAUGUGGAGCUGCCCUUGGAGCUGAGUAGCAGCAGCACUAUCACAAGGCAAUCUCCUCAAAUGAAUGGGGGAGAAGAGGAGGAGGAGGUGCAGCAAGGUGAUGAGCGUACACCGUCACUUCCGCCUCGUGCUACAAGUGCUCGCGGGAACCGAGCAGAUUUGCAGCAACGCCAUGAGAGCAUCCAAGUCCCUGCAGUAGAGGAGGAAGGAAGGGGGAGAAGGAAGACUCAGCCCCCCAAUAGGUUGAGCUAUGAACGGCUUGGAGGAGCAGCCAACUCAACCUUGACCAGUUCGGCUCUCAUGCUAGGCGAUGAAGCGGAAGAUGAAAGCGAGGAGUGCGCUUUUGCCUUCUUCUCUCCGGUGGAGAUACCGGGGGAGCCUACAAAUCCCAAGGAGGCUUGGGAGGGCCCCAAUGGGAAGGAGUGGAAGAAGGCCUCAGAUGAAGAGAUGGGGAGCAUCAUCGAGAACGACACGUUUGACUUGGUGAACCUACCUCCGGGGCGUAAGGCGAUCUCUUCCAAGUGGCUCUUCAAGCGCAAGACCGACGCCGACGGCAACAUUGAGCGCUACAAGAGCAGACUUGUAGCCAAGGGGUACCAGCAGCACGAGAAGAAGGACUACAAUGAAGUAUAUGCUCCUGUGGUGAAGGGUACAACCCUUCGAACCCUCUUCACCGCGGCGGCCAUCAAAGGAUGGGUGGUGAAGCAAAUGGAUAUCGUAACGGCCUUCCUCAACGGAGUUUUGGAGGAAGAGACCUACAUGGAGCAGCCAGAGGGGUACAAUGAUGGGAGUGGCAGAGUGUGGAAGCUGAAGAAAGCACUCUAUGGCCUCAAGCAAGCCCCUAGGCAAUGGUACAUCAAGCUGCGGGAAGGCUUGGAGGCGAUCGGUUUCACUCCCUCAACGGCCGAUCAAUCAUUGGUUCAAGUGUGUGAAAGGACCAGCGGAGGAAAGUGUUGGUGAAGAGGAGAGGCGCCGUUUUCAUUCCUUGGUGGGCAGCCUCAUGUAUGCGGCCGUUCACACAAGGCCGGAUGCAGCCUUUGCUACCGGGCAGCUAGCUAGGGUUGUCCAAUGCCCUAAUGAAGAGCAGGUAGCAGCUGGAGAGAGGGUGGCCAAGUACCUUGGCCAAACAGCAACUGUUGGACUGCAAUACUCCGCGGUGGCACAAAGGCGUCAAAAGGGUGCGGAUGGAGUCGAACCCGGGAGGCUCUUUCUCACCGCCUUCUCUGAUGCAUCUUGGGCAUCAGAACCGGAGGACAUGACAAGUGUGGGAGGCUUCAUCUGCUGUGUUGGUGGAAGACCCAACAGCUUGGGAGAGCAAGAAACAAGUGGACCAAGCAUUGAGCUCGGUGGAGUCCGAGUACAUGGCACUCUUCCGUGCCAUAAGAGAGGUUGUGUGGCAGCGGCGUUUGCUAGCUGAAUUGG